AUGAGUGGGCUCCGAGUUCCUGCAGCGGCAGGCACUGGGGGAGGAGCCGGUGUCGGCAGAGCAGGAGACCAGGGGGGAUCAGCGGCUGCGGCUAUGGAGACUAGUGCACCAGCUACUGUCGCUGAUAUUACUGAGCAGUUUCGGCGUACUCACACUUCUGGAGGAGGGGCAGCAGCCGCAGGAGCAGCAGGUGCAGGGGCUGGGGCUGCCACGGACCCUGCUCUACUUUCCAGGGUGGCGGAGAUUAGGGACGCCAUCCAGGCAGAGACGGUACCACCAGAGUUUACAGCGCUCAUAGAGACAGAGUCCGCUGUACUAGCAGCUGACUUGCGAGCCGUCGUUAAGACCGAGAGGGGUCUGGCGAAGACUCGCAAGCAGUUUUCUGAGGGACAGGUGGCGCACUGCAUCCCGAAGAACUUUGUACCUGAGCUCCACCUCCACACUACAGAGGCACAGGAGCAGCUUCGGACUAGGAUGCAGGAGCUUCAGCAGCACGCACAGGGACAGAUGCAGCUGAUUCUUAUCAGCGGCCAGGUGGAGGACUUGCAGCAGCUUCAGACUCGGGUCACUACCUGGCGUGACAGGCUUCUCGUGACGAUAGACGACCGACUUGCGAGAGCCUGUGACGUGGGGUUCCUUGCGCAGCAGUUUGCAGCAGAGCCGGCACGCUCUGCUAUCUGGCAGAGCAUCCAGACGCUGAGGGUUAGGUGCCACGCUGCUGUUACAGACGCACUCCUCCGUGUAGGGCUGCAGCACCGGCAGUACGCAGACACUGAGAGCAGGCGGGUGGAGCAGCAGCAGCGUCAGAGAGAGCGACGUCAGGAGCGGCGUGAGCAGGCAGAGGCGACGCCUGUAGACCAGACCAUGGGAGAGUUUGUCCCCAGGGAGGUCGAGAGGCAGGUGGGCGCCUGGCAGGACGAGGCCCGGGAGCAGCUUCGUCGCAUCCUCGAGCGACUUGACCGUUUGGAGGGGCGGCGCUCAGGGCAGUCAGGCCAGCAGCAGCGAGGCAGGACCAGGACUAGGGAGGUUACGGGUGACGGACGCCUGGAGUCCGUCUCUCCUGUCCGUAGCCGCACUCCGCAGGGCCGACAGGGCAGCCGCUCACAGCCUACUCAGGGAGCGGGUGCACAGACUGCAGGUACACAGGGUGCAGCAGGACAGCCUUCCCAGGGUCAGGGAGCAGCCACCACGACCCAGCAGCGCCCAGUGACACAGACCCAGGGGCAGCAGCAGCAGGGUCAGGGGCAGCAGCAGGGUCAGGGGCAGCAGCAGCAGGGUCAGCAGCAGCAGCGGCAGCAGCAGCAGCAGCAGCAGCAGCAGCAGCAGCAGACCCAGCAGCAGCAGACCGGGACCACACGUCAGUCUGAGCAGGCCCCUGCCUCCACUCAGGGAGGCAAGGGGAAGGGCGGCGGUGGCUCCACGAGUUUCCAGGACCGCAGAGGCGGUAGAGGAGGACGUUGGGACCGGGGAGGUCGUUGGGGGAGGGGUGGACUGGACGGCGGGUGGCAGGACCGUGACAGUUGGUCACAGCAGCCGUUCCAGUCUACCUACCAGGGCCUAGCACAGCAGCAGCAGCCGUUUAGCUCUUACGGCCUGCAGCAGCAGCAGCAGCCGUUCGGUCCUUACGGCCUGCAGCAGCAGCCUUCUUGGCAGUACGGACAGGGGGGGUCCUCUUUCGGCCCCUACCAGGGCUCCUUCUUCCAGGGUCCCUCGUACUUUCCCUUUUCUGGCGCACCUGCGCAGCAGCAGUUCUACCAGCAGCCUUUUUUGGGGCCUUCUUUCCAGCAGCAGCAGUUUGGAGCACCCCUCCGGCAGCAGCAGUUUGGAGCACCUCCUCCGACCCCCCCACAGCCCCCCCUGCCACAGCAGCCUCCACAGGGUCAGGGGGAGCAGCAGGGGCAGGCGAGGCAAGUAGAGGGAGUCGUGGGGGAGGAGGUCGGUCGUAGGAGGAGGAGUAGGCCGCGUAGGAGGCUGGAGGAGAGUGACACCGACCGUCUUUUGAGACUGUUUGCUAGGCGCUCUGUGCAGGAGGUGGCGGACAAGCUAACUAACGUGGCUGUCCACAACCUUUCGCGCAGGCAGUUGUCAGAGGAUGAGCUUGCAGGCCUCGCCCUUGGCCUCAAGUUCAUCCCGACACCACCCUCCUUAGACCAGGAGCAGCUGAGACAGGCGGUGGAGCAGUUUCAGAGGAGGGUCAGGCUGGCUUGGCAGUUCCGGGACAGUCGCAGACCAGUACCCAGGUUCAGAGUCCCACGUCCCAGCUGGCAGCCGAGUUCGGGACCAGAGGAGGUUGAGGAGUACCUGGCCGGGGUAGCUGACAGGGUAGAGGGUUUGUCGGAGCUGAUAGGGGGGCCAGCGCGGCCCAACGUGAGCAGGAGGGUGUUGGGCGCGCUGCAGAGGUUGAGUCGGGACCGGUCUAUAGUUAUUAAACCGGCCGACAAAAACCUUGGGAUUGCGGUGUUAGACAGGGAGUGGUACGAGGGGGAGGCGCUGAGGCAGCUGGGGGACAGGGCGGUUUACGAGCCGGUGGCUAUGGUGCCGUUGCAGAGACUUUGGGGGCAGUUGUGUCGGUGGGCAGAGCAGGCACGCCUGGCAGGGUUGCCGUCGCAGGUGUUAGACUUUAUCCUGCAGCCACGCACUCCGUGUUUGGAGCGGGCUACCAGAGCUUGGGAGCGGUUUCGGGUGUGCAGAUUCUACUUGCUACCGAAGCUGCACAAGACUCCAGUAGCCGGCAGGCCUAUCUGCUCGUCCACGCUCUGGGUUUUUGAGCAUGCAUCGGCAGUCUUAGACCACUACCUCCGCCCUUUACUACGGUUUUCACCCUCGCACCUUCCAGACUCACUUGCACUUUUGCACCAGCUAGAGGACCUUCGUGUGCCAGCAGAGGCUCUCUUCCUGACCUACGACGUUGAGAGCCUCUACCCAUCGAUCCCUAUCGACGCAGGUAUCAGCUGCAUCGAGAGGUGGUUGCUUCGGUGGGCAGCACAGGGGAGGAUUGCAAGGGGGGUAGCAGACACACUGGUGCAGCUGUUGGGGUUGGUCAUGAGGCAGAACCACCUCGAGUUUGGUGGUCGUUUUUGGCGGCAGGUUCGGGGGACUGCUAUGGGCACGCCUGUAGCAGUGAUCUACGCGGUUCUGUUCAUGGCUUGGUUAGCCGAGAGGUUGCUAGAGACAGAGCCCGAGUUGUCGCAGCACGUCCUUCUCCACCGCAGGUUCAUAGACGACGGGGUGGUGGUUUGGACGGGGACACGGGAGCGGCUGCUGGAGUGGGUGGGGGCGUUUGGUGGGUUGGAGCAGACUAUUCGACUGACCCACGAGAUCUCCACCUCACAGUUCACCUUGCUGGAUAUCACGUUCAGCAAGGGAGAGCUCUGGCAGACGACGGCUAUCUUGGACACCACGACCUUCCAGAAGCCGCUCAACGUGUACCAGUACUUUCCUUUCUCCUCCGCGCACCCCUCUCACUGCAAGAGGGGCUUCAUCUUGGGUGAGCUGCAGCGGUACAUUCUGAGGGAGUCCAGUUCUCGAGGGUUUAGGAGUAUCAGGUCGGCCUUCUACGCUCGGCUGCGGGCGCGGGGGUACCCAGACACUUUCUUGCAGCCGAUCUUCAGCAGCAUCUCCUACGCACGACGCCCGGAGCUUCUUGCCAGGUCACGGGCUCGGGGGGAGGGGGAGCAGGAGGCGCAGCAGCGGGUUCUCCCUCUUGUUCUCGACUUCCACCCGAGUGUGCAGCAGGUCCGCUGGGGUAGGUUGCUGGCCUUCCCUCCAGAGGCACCAGCGUUUGAGCAGCUUUCUCACUACAGGGCACCUUUCGUGUCCUACAGGGCACCUCCGUCGCUCCGACAGCUACUCGUGCGAGCGUCGUUCAGGUGA